AAAGGCGGACAACGGAAGUGCAUCGUAAAUGCUGCAAUGAAGUGGCUUUACGGAACGGUCGUGACGUUGAUUUGCAUCGCACACAGAGUGACCUCAUCGGAGCUGAACAUAUUUGGCGGUCAGGGCAUCCGAGAUGCACUCGCCGAACGCGAUCUGAUGGGAGCGAUACAGAUACCGCUGCAGAACGGGGUCAAGUUCGUCGAUGGACUGGACGGGUUUCCGGCGUUUGGCGUCACCAGCGAAGCGGACCUGAAGUCACCAUUCAAGCUCAUCCUCUCCGAUCACCUGCAGGACUUUGCCAUUAUCGCAACCGUCAGACCGCAGUCCAGCUCCGGUGGUUGGGUGUUCUCCGUCGUCAACUCGCUCGACACCGUUGUCCAGUUGGGGCUGCUGCUCGAACCGACCGCUAGCGGCGACCAGUGGAACGCCACGCUGUACUACACGGAUGCGAAAAAGGAACGCCACAGCCAACCGCUAGCAUCGUUCCAGGUGCCGUACGGAAAGAGUUGGAUGAAGAUGAUAUUUAAAGUGUUGCCGGAGCAGGUGGUGUUUUACUACAACUGUUUGGAGGCGGGCGUGGUAGCGGUGAAAAAGGAACCACGUAAGUUAGUGUUUGAUAGCGCCUCGACGGUGUACAUAGGGCAGGCAGGGCCUAUAUUGAAGCGGAAAUUCGAGGGAACGUUUCUGUUCCUGAAGAUCUACGGCUAUCCGGAAAUCGUGAAAACGCACUGUAACCGAACGUCGCUACCAAUUGACGAUGAUUUCGGUUCUGCAGAUGAGUUCGCUGAUGACUUUAAUUCCGAGAUGGUAUAUGACCAAAGUGGUGACGACGAUGGAUUCAAUGAGCCACCGAUGAUUUCACCACCACCCCCCGAGUAUGGCUACCGGAUGAAGGGUGAUAAGGGUGAACGGGGCGCAAAGGGGGAAAGCAUAAGGGGGCCACCGGGACCACCGGGACCCCAGGGACCGCCGGGCCCACCGGGUCCACCGGGAGCGGCAGGACCGAAGGGAGGCGGAUACUUCGAUGGCGAUGGGUCUGGCGAUGAGUUGCUCUACGACACACUGCCAAACAGGAAACACGGGGGACAAUGCUUUUGCAAUGCGUCCCUUAUCAUCGAGGAGCUGAAAAUGGACAGCAAACUGCGCGAAUAUCUUCGCGGCCCUCAGGGCAUGCCCGGCAAGGAGGGAAAGACUGGCUCUCCCGGUCUUACGGGCGUCACUGGUCCCCAGGGUGAACGUGGUACUUCCGGCCCGAAGGGCGAUAAGGGAGACCGCGGUGACCAGGGCGCCGCCGGACCGGAGGGCCUCCAGGGAAGCAAGGGGGAACCGGGGCUGGAUGGGGCACCCGGUGUACCGGGCCCAGCCGGACCUCCGGGUCCUCCGGGGCUUCCAGAGAACUACGAUACUAAUUGGAAUCCGUCCCGGAUGUUCAAGGAAUCCAUGCUCGGUGCACCGAUUCAAGGAAUGCGUGGCGGUUCACCGGGGCUAAAGGGUGAACCGGGCGAAAAGGGCGAAAUCGGAUUCCCGGGCGAAAAGGGUGAACACGGUACCAAAGGUGACCGAGGUGAUCCGGGUCUGACAGGUGCCAAAGGUGAAAGGGGCCACCAAGGAGCGCACGGACAGCCGGGACCGAAAGGACCGCCCGGCACACCGGGCAUUCCCGGGCUGCCCGGCCAAACCGGUGCAUCCGGACCGAAGGGUGAUAAGGGCAAUACAGGCGAAGCGGGCCCACCCGGUCCACCCGGUCCGGCCGGCAUGGUAAUCCAUACCGAGGGUGGCCGAAACGGGACGCAGGAUCAGUGCCAGUGUCAACCAGGACCACCCGGACCGCCGGGAUUGCGUGGCCCACCCGGAUACGAUGGUGCGCCCGGACUUACGGGUGAAACCGGACUUCCGGGACAUCCGGGCCUGCCAGGUGACAAAGGCGAACGGGGGCUUCCCGGUCCCAAAGGUGAGAAAGGGCCGGAGUUUAUCAUCAACGAAAAUGCAGCAUUUAACUCCUCGAGGGCUAACAAAGGCGAAAAGGGUGAACGUGGCCAGCGAGGACGUCGGGGGAAGACGGGCGCACCAGGACCAAUAGGUCCACCGGGCAAGCCUGGCGGUAUGGGAGAAACGUGGCCAGGCCGGCCAGGACCGAAAGGAGAUCAAGGACCGAAAGGAGAAAAAGGAGACAGCAUGACAUUGCGUGGCCCUAAAGGCGAUAAAGGCGAACGUGGCAUGAAUGGGCGCGAUGGACUGCCAGGACCACCGGGACUGCCGGCCGCAUCCGGUGAUGGAGGUGUACAGUACAUCCCGAUGCCGGGACCACCGGGACCACCGGGACAACCGGGCCCACCCGGCCCACCCGGCCUAUCCAUCGUCGGUGAGAAGGGUGAACCGGGCAUGGAUUCGCGCAGUCCCUUCUACAGUGAAUCGCAGCAUGGAUUCUACGGGCGGACGGGAGGUCGGUCCAGUUUGGACGAGCUGAAGGCGCUACGAGAGCUCAAACAUCAUAAGGACUACGAAGACAGCACGCUCGGGCCGCCCGGACCGCCAGGACCACCGGGACCGGCCGGACGACCACUGCACGAUAGUGACGAGAUUCCGAACAGUUACGGGGCCAACGUUCGCAUCGUGCCCGGAGCCGUUACGUUUCAGAAUGCAGAAACGAUGUCAAAGAUGUCUUCCACGACCCCCGUCGGUACGCUUGCUUACAUAAUUGACGAGGAAGCACUUCUGGUGCGAGUGAACAAGGGCUGGCAGUACAUUGCACUCGGAACGCUCGUGCCAAUUGCAACGGUGCCACCGCCGACCACCACCAUCGUACCACCGCAGCGUGCCGACCUGCAGGCAUCGAAUCUCAUCCACAACCUUCCACAACCGGGCGAUGGCUCCGUGUUCACCGCCACGCCGGAGUACGAGUCGUUGCGGAUGGCAGCACUUAACGAACCGUACCCGGGCGAUAUGCAGGGCAUCCGUGGUGCCGACUUCGCGUGCUAUCGACAAGCACGCCGUGCCGGCCUCCUGGGAACGUUUAGAGCUUUCCUUUCGUCGAGAAUACAAAACCUAGACUCGAUCGUGCGGAUAGCGGACCGUGAGCUGCCGGUCGUGAAUACCCGCGGGGACGUCCUGUUCAACACGUGGAACGGCAUCUUUAACGGGCAGGGUGGUUUCUUUUCCCAAGCGCCCCGGAUAUACAGCUUCAGCGGGAAGAACGUGCUCACCGAUAUGGGAUGGCCCCAGAAACUGGUGUGGCACGGUUCCAGUGCGCACGGUGAGCGUGCGAUAGACACGUACUGCGAUGCCUGGCACUCGGCGUCGCCGGACAAGGUCGGGCUGGCCAGCAGUUUACUCGGUAACAAACUGCUCGACCAGGAACGGUACUCCUGUGAUAAUCGGUUCGUGGUACUCUGCGUCGAGGCGGUCCCGCAGGACCGAAGACGAAAGCGAAGAGACAUCAGCAGCCAACACGAGUUUGCCAACGAGAAGGAGUACAGCCAAUAUUUGCAAAGCAUCAGCGCACUGUAAAGAAAUUCACAAACGC